AUGUGCACACGGCAAGAACAGAUUAGAGGAGGGGUCGGCUACUCCACUGAGCUUGCCGGUCGCGACCGCUUUAAAUUCUUCCGGCAUCCUAUUGAAGCAGAAAGGGUUGAGUUCCCUGGUGAGGGUCCGGAGGGGGGGGAUAUCCAUCAUUCGAUGAACCCCAGAGGGGCUCCGUCGAUCCACUGGUAUAACAUUCCGAAUCAGUUUUCCUCAACUUCCCCUUCAGCACCUACGGCUCACCUUGACCUACAUUUGACGGGCGGCACUACUCAUGGAUAUCGCAGUACUCACACCGGCAGGCGAUUGAGGUCAGCGAAAAUGAACCUGCCACCUCAGCAUUUUCAGACUGGUGGUUCACGCAAUGGGGCUUGUAAGCGCCGUGCCCGACCUUAUCACCUUCCUACUCUUAACAGUGCUACUAGCGGUGCGCGGGGAAGCUUCAACAAUGCUGUUCAAGGUUACACGCAGGCUGAUAUAGAAGCUGCAGCGUCUAGCAGCCGUGAGGUUGCGGUGCAGACCAUGUAUCGAGAGAAUGAUACGCAGACCGACCCUUACUCUCCAGAUUAUUAUAUCCCUGACGACGCCCCGAAGGAUCCUGAGAUAUUAGAGCUAAAAGAAUUAACCUGGCAGAACAAGGGGCUCCCUGCUGGCCAAGAGGAGGUGGAGCUUAUUCUGCGCUUGCGCCGCCGACGUGAAGUUGAGAGGUCUUUGCAGACCUCGUCGAAAGAUCCCGCUGUGAUUGAGGAAAACCAUAAAAAGCUUCGUGAGCUCGAAGAGAUUGAGUGGAAAGAGCAUGAGGAGCGCGUCGAGAAGCUCAACGGCCGUCGCCUGGAGCGAAUGAAGACGUUACUACUGGAUAAAGAGUCGACUCGCGAGGCUAUCAACGAGGACCGACUCGCCCACAUCAAGGAUACUUACAUGAGUGCACUUCGCGAAAAGUUGAGCAGUCUCUACUCCCGAAGAAUGGCGGAUAGUCAUCAGAUACAUACCCAGCGAUGUCGGCGGCGAAAUCUUCUGUCCGGGAGUGAUGCCGGGACUUUUGGAGGGAGGGGAGGGAGGGGCAUGAGCACCCUCCGCAGCUCCGUUCCCGAUGGGCGAGAAACAGCUCUCUCUUUGCCUACGGGGGGAGGGGGAGAGGGAGCUCCCGAGGCCGGCGCGCGGCAAACUCGCGUCCUCGCCUACGACGUCCGCCCCACCCUCCUAAGUGUGGCGGAAGGGGUGGAGGUGGUGGAUCGCACCCGGAGCUCGCGGAUUGAGCGGAUCCCCGCCGAGACCUUCCGCUUUCCGGAGGAUGAGGCGAUUCGUGGGUUGCCGACGGUCUAUCGCCGGCGAGAGGCGGAGCGGGUCGUUCACUCGCUCGACUACGCCCAGCGAAAGAUCGACCGGGAGAAGGGCCUCCUCCGCGAUGACGACUUCGCCGGCACCAGCCCGGCCCGACCGACCGCGGCACAGGUUCUCGAUCUCUACCGCGUCACCCCGAAAGUCCAGCGCCCGGAUACCCCGGAGCUGGAGCUGGAAGGGGACGCGGAUGAGGAGGUCGAGGAUGCCGCCAUCUUGCUUCAGCGGUUGAUUCGCGGCCGCGCGGUGCAGAACGACUUCUUUGAAGGCAAGGAGCGUUGUCAGGGGUUGAUUAAGGAAUUACAGGCCGCCUCGUACGCGAAACGGGCGGAGGAGCUCAACAUGGCAUCCUCCCAAGCCAUCGCCGCGGAGGCAAGCCGACAAGAGGAAGUGGCGAUUCAGGUGGUGCUCGACACCGCCAUGGGGGACAUCAUGCGGGAUACCCUUGGGUACCUCUACCAGGAGCUGCAGCGGCAACAAGAUGCGGAGAGGCUGGAGCAGCUGCACAUCGAGGCUGUGGCCGCACGAGAGCAGCGAGAGGCGGCCGAGCUUGCGCGACGUGAGGCCGCCUGUGUGGAGCGUGAGUGCGGUGAAGUGCAGUAUAAGACGCUUGUGCGUACGACGCGGACCACCGCAGCCACAUUUCUGGAAGAGUUAUGCCAUAAGGCGGUGGGAGAGACCGCCUUGCAGGUGGCGGUGGAUCGGGAGCGUGAGCGGGAGGCGGCGUUGCUUCCGCGAGACCCAACAGACGGUGUCGAAAAGGAGAAUCUGGUGUGCGACAUGUUAGAUAACUUUUUAGUUCCGGUGGUACUUGACCGCAUUGAGCGGCGAGGACAGGAGCAUGAAAAGAAGGCACCAGCCACUGUUGCAGAAGAAAUUCACAACAGGCAAUUUGCUCUUCUUGAAAAUGCAGAAGUGAAUGAAUGUGAAAACAAAGGGGAGGCGAAGUAA